GAAGGGCUAGACGGACUAAUGGAAUGGACAUCUUUGUUUCCCUGAGAGAAACCAUUUAGCUCGAUCCGGAACGUGCACUGAAGCUCGCGCCAGGCGGCGGACCGUCGAUUUUACCCCGCCAGCGCACGAACCGGCACCGAGACACAGCUUCACUCACGGUCUCAUCACCCCAUUUCACUUCAUCUCACCUCUUCAACUCUACAAUUGGGCAUUGUUCAUUCGAAGUUCUAGCAUCGUUACACCAGAUCGUUACUUGCCUUAGUUUCCUUGAAAUCACAAAUUUAAAGGCUGGCUGUUCAACCUUAGAGGUACCUGAGUCUCAGAGUCAUCGCCUCUCGUCAACAGAGAGCCUCGAGGACCCGGUCCUUGCAUGAAUCACCAACAUGGCCCAAACAAGCCAGCGAAGGAAGCGCCAGGCAGAAGAAGAUGAAGAGGAAUAUCAAGAAACACCUUUCAAAAGAAGUCGCGUGGAGGAUGUUUCCUAUUUCCAGUGGCUAUGGACACCACCUCGCCCGCCAUCACGGAAAACCUCUUCAUCGGGUCUAUGGAGCCACUCCGUCCCGGAUGGCCUAUUCCUCACCCGUCAUGACGCGCCCCGUUCCUUUUCUCUACCCCCGGAAUCCACAUCAAGACGGCCUCGUCGCCGGGGCGCCAUCUCUGUGACAUCCUCGUCACCCAGCGAGAUGGAUCGACACCUCGCGCGGCAACUACAGCACCAGAUCGCAAUCCUCCGACGCAAGGCAGCCGAGGGCCAGCAUCAAGCACAAGACGAGGAUUGCUGUGAAGAUGACGGCGAUGAUGAUGACAAUGUCCACAACGAAAGGGACGUUGAUCGCCUACAACGUGAACUAGAGGCCGUGCAGAUCGACGCUCCCCUACCGUCUAUCCUGGGCAUUGCAAUAGACUUUGAUCAAAAGCUUUGCCUCAGUUCCUCCGGCCGUUCAUCAGAUGCCACCUCUGGGCAUCGAGGUAAGCGAUGAGGCAUUUGAGCGAAACCCAAAGGAUGGCGUCAACACACAAACAAACGCAUUCACAAAACUAGUGGAAAUUUGAGAGAGUGCAGGUGACACGGAUGAGAGGAUGUGUGAGAGAGGGAGAAGUACAGAGUCAUUUUCACCUGUCAAUCGUCGAUCAAACACAGCGGAGAGGGGGAACCAGUUCUCUAACAGAGUUGCAUAGAAACCGGUUCGCCCGCGGGCGCGGAUGCCGCAACCUCCUCAUCCUCUCCAUUAUCCUCCUCUCCCACGUGCUGCCGGCUCUGGGCAUCGAAUAAAGUCAACUCAGCAACCGGAGAUACGAGCCCGACUACUCGGCAACACACCCUCGUCAACUCCUGCGGUAAAAGUAGUCGAGGCAGAAAAGGUGUCGGCAACGAUGGUCUUUUGUGGAGGCGGCCUCGAACUUGAGACCAAACUCUGUGUUGCCAAGCUUCGAUCCAACACACCAGCAAGACACACAGGCACCACACCACCCUCUCUCUCUCUCUCUCUCUCUCUCUCUGUGGCUCUCACUUCUCAUAUGACGGAAGAAGGCGGGCGAUUACUGACGACCCUCGUCUCUCGUCUUGCAUGAAUGUCAUACCGUAAUAAUACAUUGAUGUAUUAUACUUCAAGUAAAAAUAUGAAUGUUUGGGUAUCAUGACCCUGAGGAAUAGAUAAUAGAACAAUGGAAUAAUGAAAGUUACCCAGGG